AUGAAGGACUCAGAAAUAUUGAGUAUGUUAAAUGGCAUAACUGAUGACCAAGCUGAGUAUUCAGAUAUCGGAGGGGACAGUAAUGCUGAAGACUGUUUACCUAUUGAAGUAAGUGUGAAUAGUUCAGUGACAAGAUCACUGAAUUCAUCUGGCCACAGUAGUACUCCGCAGGCAGAUGUGGUUUUUGUAGUACAAAAGAAAAAUAAAAAAGAUCAAACUUAA